AUGUUGAGAUAUUCUAGAGUGCCACAGGCGUCUUUGAGACACGUUUUGAGGGCCAAGUUUGCGAUUAAUCAGUUGAGAUUUAUGUCUGAAGUGAAGUUCAGAGUGGAUUCUACGGCCAGGGUGGUUACUUUGGACAGACCAAAGAAAUUGAAUGCAUUGGAUGUUGAAAUGUGCAAUGCGAUCUUGCCUACAUUGCAUGAGUACAGCAAGAGCGAUGUGAACAAUGUUGUUAUUUUGAACUCGUCUGGUAGUCCCAGGGCUUUUUGUUCAGGUGGUGAUGUUGCUCAAGUGGCCAAAUUGGCUAAAGAGGGCAAUUUUGAGUACGCCAAAGAGUUUUUCACUAAGGAAUACUCUUUGGAUUUGACUCUAGCAGCCAUGGACAAGCCUGUGAUUGCCAUUAUGGAUGGUAUUACUAUGGGUGGUGGUGUUGGCUUGGCCACGCAUGUUCCAUUCCGUGUGGCUACCGAGAAUACCCGUUGGGCUAUGCCUGAAAUGGACAUUGGGUUCUUCCCAGAUGUUGGUGUCACUUUCUCGGUGCCAAAGAUCACUACCGUCGGUGGCUCCAACGGGCAAUUGGCGCAGUACUUAUGCAUGACUGGUGACAUCUUGAACGGUGCUGACGCAUACGUGGCGGGUGUCGCUUCUCACUAUGUUCCACACGACCAAAUUGAAAACUUACAAGCGAGAUUGGCCGAAUUGCACUUGAACUUGGACAAGAGUGAAUUCGCGGAACACGAAGCAGAAAUGUUUGACGUUGUCAACCAAGCUAUCGAGGAAUUCAACACUCCAUUGCCAAAGGACUACAAGUUCAAGUACUCCAUUGAUGAGUUGAACGUCAUCGAACAAGCAUUCGGCAUCGGCAACAGUUUGAAGCAAAUAUUUGCUGCAUUGGAUGAGAUUGCUGCUUCCCAGGCAGAAACUCCGGCUGCUAAGCAGUUUGCCGCUAAGACCAAGGAAGUUCUAGCUGGGAAAUCGCCAGUGUCGUUGGAAAUUGCUAAGGAACAUUUCCAAAGAAACUCUUCCACCGAUAUUCAAACUGCUUUGACCCAGGACUUGAUCACCGCGGUCAGAAUGUCUGAACAUUCCGAUCUAUGUGAGUUCGCAAACGCUACCAGUCAUAAGUUGCUAGAAAAGAACAAGACGCCAUACCCAUGGAAGAUCAAAGAUUUGAAGUUGUCUCAAUUGUCGACAUUACUCUCUCAAAACCCAUCGAAGCCUUUGUCAUUGGUCCGUCCAGCAAACUUGGUUACCUUCUCUGAGUACCCAUACCACAGCAAGUACCAAUUGCCAAAGGAAUCUGACGUUGAGCAAUACAUCACUGGUGCUGAUCAACAAGGAAGACAAACUGCUGUUACCAAGAAAGAGGCAGUCAAAUAUUUCCAACAAUUGAACCCUGUCACCAAGAACAAGCCAGGUGUCGACUACCUAGUCAGUUUGAUCAUCGACAGAAAAUGUGCUCCAAACCAGGACGGCUUCCUAAGAUGGAAAUCCCCUUCUUCUAAGUUAUAA